UCUACCCACAGCAAGGCUUCCACUCACAGCAAGAAGCGCAGCCGCGUCAGUUUCGACAAGGUUGAAGUCCAAGAAUACCCCAUGAUCCUCGAUGAAGCCCGCUACAAGAAUCCCUUCUUGACCAUUAGCUGGGAACCCUGCAAGAGACGCGUCUCGUCGUUUGAGGAGUACGAAAGUAUUCGCAGCCACGAAGAAGCCUACGUGGUCGAUCCCAAGGAACGUCUCUACAUUUGUCUGCGAUCGGGAGUGCCUUCGGCAUACAUUCGCGAGCACUUGGCCAAGCCCAAUCCUUAUCUUGUCGAAGACGAUGCCAUGCCCGCAGAAGGGCAUCUGCAGGGAUCCUCAGCAGCCAAAGCGAAAAUCUCUCUUCUUUUGGAGCUGAUGUUUGGAUUGUGA